AUUAAACAACUUGUAGGGUUAUGGAUUGAUAUAAAAUGAUGUGUUUUACAUGUGUAGUUGUUAGUUUAUACUUUGAUAGCUUUCUAUUCGUACGAUUACGAUGUUGUUCUACUUUGUUAUCAUUGCUGUAGUUGGGGUACCAAUUUGUGGUGCCCAAGAGCAACAAUCUACUGUCGAUAUUCCGCCUCAAAUUACAAACGAAAUGUUGGCCUUGAUCGCAAAUCGUCCCAACGUACAAGCUCAACAAUAUCCGUAUCCGCAGCAGCAAUAUCAGCAACAAUAUCAGCCACAAGUUCAACCAUAUCAGCCUCAGGCUCAACAAUAUCAGCCGCAAUUUCAGCAAUAUCCUCAACCAACGCCAGGACCGGGUGUGACGCAAGAUGGUUUGACACAAAGGCCACCAUUCUCAUAUGACAUCUUCACACGGCCUCCACUUGGACCAAUUUUUGCUAAUUUGUACCCAAAUUUUCCAGGAUUUACAGGUAGGAAAUGAUGUACUGAUGUAAGGUCGGACAGGCCGAUGUAAAAAGUUAUCAUAUUGGAUUUGGUAGGAUUUGGUUAGUAUAAUUUUAAAUUAGUGGAAUCUUUAUACGAAUUAAGAUCAUGAUCAAAUUAUGAAGUUUGAAUUUAUGUAAUAAACUUAAAAUAUUGAUUUUAUAAAAUCCGUAAAA